GCCAAAGAGGAGAGCUUUCUCUCCCGAAUGGCGCUCAAUGACAACAAGGCUGGCAUGGAGGGUCUGGACAGAGACAAGAUCAACAAAAUCAUCAUGGAAUCGUCCAAGGGCUCCAGGUUUUAUGAGAAUGAGAUGAAAAGGGAGCAGCAGGUGAACCAGCGCAUUGAGAAAAUGAUGCUCCAAAAGGCUCAGCUCACAGAACAGCAGUUAAAUAAAGCUCAAGCUCAGGUGGAAAAGAUGGUCUCGAAACUGGAGAAGAGUCGGGAUCUAAGCAGAGUGAUUGUGCACGUGGACAUGGAUGCUUUCUACGCAGCCGUGGAGAUGAGAGACUGUCCUGAAUUGAAGGACAAGCCGAUGGCAGUAGGAUCCACAAGCAUGCUGUCUACAUCAAAUUAUCAUGCCAGGAAGUAUGGGGUUCGAGCUGCCAUGCCCGGCUUCAUUGCAAAGAAGCUCUGUCCCAACUUGGUUAUUGUUCCUCCUAAUUUUGAUAAAUAUCGAGCUGUGAGUGAUGAGAUUCGGGAGAUUUUUGCAGAUUACGAUCCACACUUCCAGCCGAUGAGCCUGGAUGAGGCCUAUUUAGAUUUUACAGACCACCUGGAGCAGAGGCAGAGUUGGCCAGAGUCUUCACGGACACACCACUUCUCCCAGUGCAUUGCCACAGAUGAAAAGCAGAGUCAACCUCAUGAGGAGGCAGAGGUGACAGACUUCUCUCCAGUCCUGUUUGAUGACAGUCCUGCCUCCACUCCCUGCCUGUCUGGCUCUGAGGGUGCUGGUGAUAAAUUUGAGGUGUUUGGGACAUCUGUGGAGGAGGCUGUGAGAGAGAUGCGCUUUCGCAUUGAACAGAAGACCAUGCUGACUGCCAGUGCAGGAAUUGCUCCAAACACGAUGCUUGCCAAGGUGUGCAGUGAUAAGAACAAGCCCAACGGACAGUACAGACUCCCGCCCACCAGAGAGGCCGUUAUGGACUUCAUCCAAGAGCUUCCUGUUCGCAAAGUUUGUGGCAUCGGGAAGGUGAGUGAAAAAAUGCUGAACUCUCUGGGCAUCACCACGUGCGCACAUCUUGGCCAGCAGAUGUCCUUGUUGUCAUUGUUGUUCUCGGAGACCGCAUGGCAUCAUUUUAUGCAGAUUGCUCUGGGUCUAGGCUCCACAUUUAUACCGAGACAUGAAGAAAGAAAAAGCAUGAGCACCGAGAGAACAUUUAAAGAACUAAGUAAACCUGAGGAGCAGUUGCUCUUGUGCAGAGAGCUCUGUGAAGAUCUGGCAAAGGACAUGAAAAACGAGGGGCUAAAGGGUAAAACUGUUACUCUGAAGAUCAAAAACAUCAACUUUGAGGUGAAAACCAGGGCACAGACGCUCCCAUAUGCUGUUGCUGCAGUGGAGGACAUCUUUGCUGUCGCUAAGGACUUACUGCAAAUGGAAAUAGAAAAUGAAAGCCCCCAACCACUGAGACUGAGGCUUAUGGGUGUUCGAAUAUCUGCCUUUGUCAGUGUAGAUGACAAGACACCCAUGCAGAGAAGCAUCAUUGGCUUUCUUCAGUCAGGCAAGACCGACUGCAGUCACUCUUCCCAAAUAAUGCAUCGAAACCUUGAAAAAGAGCAUCUCUCUGAGCACCCAAUCCAAACACCACAGCCUUUGGCGUAUCUAGUAGUGCAGAAUGACCACAGUCAAGAAGCUUGUCAAAGUGAGCAGAGACAGUCGGACAAAAGGCAAACUGAUGAGAAACCUCAACAGUCUUUCUUUCAAAGAGCUCAUGCCAAAAGACUGCAGCUCCUGGCGGCUAAUUCAAACACACAAUCUGAAGCAUGUGAAGACAUUUCUAAGAUGAACUCUGUAAGAAGUGAUUCUAAAGAGGAUAUAAAGUUGUCAUCUCAAUCAAACAAGAACAACAGUGUAGUUUCAGACCUUUCUGAAAAUGAAUAUAUCUCUGUUCUGGCUCAUCCAUCCACAUCAGACUGUGAGACACAAACACAAUCCCUCGUGUGCCCAGUGUGUUUCAGACAUGUCAAAACGACUGAUUUGAACAACUUCAACAGCCAUAUAGACCGCUGUCUUGAUGAUGAUGAUGCUGGAAAGCCAAGCAAAGACUCAGCAGCAGAGUUAAACCCAGAGAAUCAGAAAAAUAAAGUGGAGCACACACAAAAUGGAGCUCCCAGAGUUAAAAAGGAGCAGUCAGUAAACGAUGAAGAGCUGGAGUCGAGCAAAAUUUGUCUUCAGGAAGGCCAACACGGUUUAAAGGACGAUUCAGUUCAAAAGGUUCUGCUGAUUGAGGGUGACAACAAACCCGGUACUUUGCAGGAACACCAGUCAUGUCGUGGUAAAAGUCCCGUCCUUGUUUGCCCGGUAUGUCAGGUGACCCAACACACAGAUGACCUCACCGUCUUCAAUCGACACGUUGACCUCUGCCUGAACCAAGAGGUCCUGCAUGAGCUCGGAGGACGGACGACAUUUACCAGAAAACCAUCAGCAGUUAAAAAUAGCCAGGUCAAAGACAGCGGACUUCAACUGCCAAGACAAGCAAGCAAAGGCAAAAACAAAAGACGAGACACGCCUUCCUCUCCUCCGUCUAAAAAAGCUAAAAGCACGGGUCCUCACAAUACCAUCGACAAGUUCUUCAGGUGAUGGUAACCCACGAGGAAUAUCUGCCUGCUCUGGAAAGUUUUCUGCAGUGAGAAGUGACAGCUCCUCCAGUUUCAUAGUUUCAUUCAAUGUUUCAUUUUCUUCUUUAUGUUAUAAACUUUACAACCAUCGCACACAAAUCAUCAAAAAAUCUGCUGCUGCCAUCAGAAGCUAAGCAUGUGCACUAAUGAACUUAUUUUUUAAGCCAUACACAACAAGAUAAUGUCUCAGUUUCAUGUUAUUCCACAUUAUACAUUUUUAACUUAAUGAGGCUGUUACUUUUUUAUGAAUUCUGAU